AGUUCCUCUUCACUGCAUUUUUCAACUGCUCCUACCUAGAGUGCUUCAGUGCCGGCGAGAGAGGAAGAAGUUCGUUCGUGGCGUUUUCCGUCCGUGCCGCAUUUGGGUUCGAUGACACUGAAUAGGGUGACUACUGGGUGCCGCAGAAGGACAUGAGAUGAGAGGGCUUUCUUCGGUACCCGCAAGGGCUAAAAAUAAGUUCAAAGAAUCAUCCAAUCUCGGAAAAUUCAGCGGUGGAAUCCACCCACCAGCGCCCAACCCCAAAAGGGCUCUCAAUCAAAAUCACACGACUUUGAGAGGUAAUUCUCAAUCACCCAGCUCCAGUGUCAAUAAACCUAACUCGAAUGCACUCUCUAAUGCUUCCAUUUCCGCUAAUGAAAGUAUUAAGCCAGUUGAUCAUCGUUAUUUCUCUCAAAUUCUCUCAAGAGAUGACUGGUCUUUGCUGCUAAACCAUGAGUUGAAAGCCCAGAGGAUAGUUUUGAAUUCUCAGUUUGUGGUGAGUUUAUUGCAGAAUCAAGAAAACCCGUUGCACCCUUUGUGAUUUUGUAUCUGGGUCUCAAAUGUUGAUCAUUCUUUUGCCAAGAGUCAACCCGUACGUAGUGCUUUAACCGGUGUCCUUUGUAGGAAAGGUCCUGUUUUGUUGUCUGGUGAAUUGGUUGAAAAUAUUAGGAACUCGGGUUUUCGAGUCACUGAAGACUUGCUGUGUAUUUUGUUUGGUAGCUGGGGAAGAUUAGGAUUGGCUAAAUACUGUCCUG